AUGGAGGCAGACAAGUUAUUGGAGGAUUUUGAGCAACAGAGGGAUCUAAGUCACACGAUUGUUCACAUAGACAUGGAUGCUUUCUACGCUGCAGUAGAGAUGAGAGAUGAUCCAAGUUUGAAAAAUAAACCAAUGGCUGUUGGGGGUGACAACAUGCUGUCAACUUCAAAUUAUCAUGCACGGAAGUUUGGUGUUCGAGCUGCCAUGCCAGGGUUUAUAGGCAGAAAACUGUGCCCCGAGCUUGUUAUAGUGCCGUUAAACUUUGAGAAAUACACGUCAGUCAGCAAACAAGUAAAAUCUAUCAUCGCAGAAUAUGAUGCAAACUUUUGUCCUAUGUCUUUAGAUGAAGCAUAUUUGGACCUGACCGAGCAUUUAAAAAAACGACUAUCUAUGCCAGUAAAAGAAAGAACAUUUAUUUGCAGACAUUCCGAUUAUGCAGAUUCCAGGUCCCAUUGUAAAUGUGAUUUGAAUGAAAUUAAAAGUGAAUAUGCCGAGGAAGAUAUUACGGUUGAUAAAUUAAAUGAGUUUUUCACAAAAUCUGAACAUUUUCAAGUAGUUCAACAAGACACUGACUCAGCUAAAGCAACGAAUAUUGAUAAGGAAGGGAAGUGUGUGGUGUGCCUUAAAUGUAAGAAAGUGUUACCUCCCUUUAGACUUGUGACGUUUGGUAUGAGUGAUGAAGAUACUGUUAACGAGUUGAGGACCAGAAUUGAGCAGAAGACAACUCUUACAGCCAGCGCAGGGAUUGCACCGAACAUGAUGCUGGCAAAGGUUUGCUCGGAUAAAAACAAACCAAAUGGCCAGUACAAGAUAGAACCUAAUAGAGAAACUGUGAUGGAGUUUAUCAAAAAUCUGCCGACCAGAAAGGUCAGUGGUAUUGGCAAAGUAAGUGAGGCCAUGUUAAAUGCAGUUGGAGUGUAUACGUGUACUGACCUGUACGAGAAACGAGGGUUAUUAUAUCAUCUCUACUCACAGAUAUCUUUCAACUAUUUUAUGAGAAUAUGUCUUGGUAUCGGAUCAACUACUGUUGAGAGGGACAGUGAAAGGAAAAGCAUGAGUACAGAACGAACAUUUUCAGAGAUAAACAGGCCAGCUGAUUUGAAUCAGAAAUGUGAGGAACUGUGCGAGAGUCUAUCUGAAGAUCUCAAAUCUGAACGAUUAAAGGGUAAAACAGUGUCAAUCAAGAUAAAGACAGUGAAGUUUGAAGUACGGACUCGUGCACACACAGUUCGAGACUACACCAAUGACUAUAAAGAUAUAUUAUACUCAGCCAUCGAACUAUUGAAAACUGAGAUCCAGAACUGCUCUCCACAACCUUUGAGGCUAAGGCUUAUGGGUGUCAGGAUGUCAAAUUUACUGCAUGAGAGUUUGUGUCGAGGGAAGAAGCAGAACACUAUCAUUGGAGCUUUCAAACGGCUUUCAAAACCUGCUGAAAAACUGGAUACAAAUGACGGCAAAUUUAGUGUAAAAGAUAUUGGUGUUGUUAAAGCACCAGAUCUUGCUAUUGAUGGAUUACAGUCCGUAAGUUCAAUAGAUACACUUUCGGAUAAUACUGAUGUUAAUAGGGAGACAAAGGAAAAGUUACAUUUGAGUCAUACAAAUAAUAUGUUUGGAACUUUUUCCGAUAAAAUGAAUGAUAAUGAAAGAAAUACAGAUGUUGACAAAGCAAAGAGCAGUUUUAUGAGUGGUAUGGAAGAUUAUAAUGAAACUAAUCAGCUUGCAAAAGCUAGUGGAAAUUUUAAUGUUGGUGUUGUAAAUGAUACUAAAAGUGUAGAUGAAUCAAAGGAACCGAUUGAAAAUGCUUCUGAGAAAAAUGUCCAUGUUGGUAUUGUAAAUGAUAGUAAUGGUGUUGAAGAUGUGGUUGAAUAUGUCUCUAAGGAGACCAAAGCUUUAACUGAAGAACCUGUCUCAGUAAAUACAGAUACAAGUGAACAAUAUAGUGAUUAUAGAGGUGAUCUGGAGAAAGAUUUACAAGAUGGUCCUGACUUGUGUAAAGUACUAAAAGAAAAAAAUGUGAUGUCAGAAAAUGGUGCAUCUCAGGAAGAAGGUACUUCAAAUCUUUAUUCACCAAAUGUUAGAAAAACUAGAAGUGGUGUCAAAAGGACGCCAGUUUCACAAACUAAACAAAAGAAAAGAAAAGGAAGGAGAGGGAAAGAUACAGCGGUUACCUAUGAAUGUCCAGUAUGUUCACUUAAAAUUCUAUGUGAAAGUUUAAACAUCUUCAAUGAACAUGUUGAUAAUUGUCUUGAGAGUGAUGUAAGUAGAAAACAAGAUAUUGAUGAUGACAAAACUGUGAUAAAAGGUGAAUCUUAUGAAUUAAAAAAUGGUGAUGACAGAAUUGAAAGUGGUGUAAAUAGAACUAAAAGUGUUGGUGAAGACAAAACUGUGAUAAAACAAUCUGAUGAACCAAAAAGUGAAGAUGAAACAAUGGCAAGAUCUAAUAGAAACAAAGUCAAUGCAGAUAUAUGUGAAAUUAUCAAAUUUGAUAAAUCAACUGGUUUACCAGAAAAAGAAGUUGAAGCUGAUAAAACUGAAACAGAAGAAAAACAUAUCAGUUCUUUAGAGGAAGCAGAGACUGAAAGAGAAGUUACAGACUUGCCAGUACAAAAAGGAGAUAUUGAAACUGUCAUCAAAUGCAAGGAUGACGUUACAUCAACUACUGAAAAUCAUGAAAAUAUUGAUAGUUUUACUAAUACCAGACAUGUAGAUACAAUUACAGUUGAUGAACAAGUUCAGCAAUUUAGUCUCAAAGACAAAGAAAUGAAUGUAAUUGAUUGUUCAAGUGGACUUUUAAGGUCAGUUGUUGUUAAUCCUGUAGGUGAAUUAAAUAAAGAAUGUAAAACGUAUGAUGUUAAAAGUGAAAGAGUCAGUGUUAAUAAAGAAGCUGCUUCAGAACACAUAAAUGAAAGUGAAACGGUUACUGAAAGAACUCGUAUAACAAAUACUAGCAUGAAAACCAAAUCAGAAAGUGAACACAGAGAUUAUGAAAAUAAUGUAACAGUGAAUGAUAAAUUAUCAGGAGGUGAAGAAAUUGGAACAUAUAAUAAAAGUACUCAUAUUUAUAGAACUGAAGAAAAUGAGUUUGAUUUCACAAAAAAUAUACAGACUAAAAGUUCUGAAACAAAUGAAAUGAAAAGUAUAGAUGACCAAAAAAUGGUAGAUUUAGAAUCAACACAUGCAAUUCCUAUAAGUCCUAAAGUGAUAGUAAACAAUAGUAAGGAACAAUGUUUUGAACCAGAAAGGGUUUGUGCUGGUACAAGUCAGCAGUCAGAUGAAAGAUAUGAGAUGGCUAGGUCAGAUGCUUGGGUCAGGAAAAAUCUGCUACAAGUGUCUGAUGAAAUCGAAGAGCUAAAUGAAAACAGUACCAUGGAUGAUUCAGAUGAUGACGAGGAAAAAGAGGGGUCAUUACUGGUUUGUCCUAUAUGUAACAUAGAACAGAGAUCAGCUGACUUGACUGAGUUUAACAGUCAUGUAGACAUGUGCCUUAGUCGCAGAGCUAUAUCAGAAAUACUUAAGGAGCAGAAAAGUAAAGAUAGUGGAUCCUUGAAAAGGAACAGGGCUGCUGAAACACCAGGGUCAGCAAAAUCAGCAAAGCGACGUAAAACAGCAAUGCCAAAUAUUUCCAAACCAUGCAGGAGUAUUGCUUCUUUCUUCCAAGAAAAAUAGCCAUUCACCUGCAUAGAGGAUCAGAUUUGCUUUCCAGGAAUCGCAGUUUCGAUUUUCAAGCGAGGCGAAAUUUCUGUGUGACAAUUGGUCUCUGACAUUGAGUCUUUUAAAUAGACAUUUGUCUCUUACUUCUCACUAUGAAAUGUUGCGGAGAAGUUUAUAUUUAAUGGUUGUUUUUGGACAAAAGUUGAUAAGGUGGACCGGUUUCGGUGAUAUGACCAAAAAUGUGUUCAAGUUGAUGUUAUAAGCAACAUAAACAAGAAAAUUGUUAAUUCUCAUUGUAUACAUGUAAGAGAAUGUUAUCAUAGGAAGGUUAAGUGUGUGUUUUAAGAAAAAUGCUAGAUCAGCAGUAAAUAUUGACUCUUAGAUGUUUACAUGAUUUAAAACUGGGACAUGAUAUAAUAGGACAAGCAACUAGGUAAGUGGUCUUUUAUUGGUAUACAAUUGUUAGCUGAUUGAUGGAAAAGCGAAGUUAUAAAAUUGUAAAUCAAUGCUAUUACUAUGCCAAAUUACUGUGAAUUCACUUAAUUUUGUGGGCAUGAAAUUUUGUGGUUUUGUCAUAAAAAAAACAAAAAACAUUUUCGUGGGACUGUUUAUUUUUCUAAAAGGUAAAAUGUAAAUAAUGUGAUGCAAAAUAAUCUUACAGCAGGUGAAAUGAAAUUUCGUUCAAUCUUAAGUUUGUGGAUGGACCUAUCCACAAAAACCACUAAAAUUAGUUCCUCAUGAAUAAUAAUGAUUUUGCAGUACAUUGAUAAAUUUAAUGCCUUGUGUAAAUUUAUACAGUAUUCUUUUAGAAAGUUACUGUCUUUUCUAUUGAAAUAUUUUCUAGCAAAGGGACACAACUUAUGCAGAUACAUUUGAAAACUUUAAUUGCCCUUCUUCCCUUAGCACUGAACAUAAAUGCCUUUUAGAAAAUUUUGGCAAAUAUGAAAUUGCAAAGGCUUUAAAGCAGUAUGUACAGAUUUAUACCAAUUUUCUAAAAUUUCUUAAGUUUUAAAAUGGCUUUCUUUGUAGAAAUAGUUUCUACUUUAAGGUUAUUUCGAUUGAUCUAAAUUUAUUGUUUAUUUAAACUUGUAGAUUAACAUUUUAGUUAUUGGCAAGGCAAUUAAAUGCAAUAUACCAAUGCUAAUUUAGUAAAUGUGUUGAUAUGGCUGAAUGGUUAAUGGGUAAGACUAGUAAUUUAAGACUUGCUGACUAUGUAGAUUCAAACCCUGUCAAACGAAAAAACGGUUAUAUCUGUGGCAUUUGACUUCAAACAACUUGCCACUCACCAUGUCAGUGAAGUACAGCUAUCUUAUACAUAUGGAGUGUCCGUGACAGAGUGGUUAAGGUUGUUAACUUCAAAUCACUUGCCCCUCACCGUUGUGGGUUGAAUCCCGACAGGGCCUUUGAUUCUUUCAUGUAAGGAAGCUAUCCAGCUAGCUCAUGGAAUGUUGGUGGUUCUAUUCAGGUGUCUGUUCAUGCCUCCACCAGUAAAGCUGUGCCGGUGUGAUGUGAAACCCAGUUAAACAGACAAAAAAUCUGUGCUUCUAUCAGGUACGUUGCCAUAUUACCUGUGUAGUGUUUGUGUUAUUCAACCCCCCUCCACUCUCUCAAGAAAAUAUGAAAUAAGAUAAUUAAUAGAACUUGCAAUAUAGAGUUUAUGUUUACUUUCAAUCAUUGAUUAAAAUAUUGAUUUUGAUGUUUUUAUAUUAUUUUGUAUAAGAACUUGUUGUUUUGUUGUAUUGAAAUGUACAUUAAAUAUUUAGAAUAUGUGUACAUUUUAGAAAUGAAGACAUGUAGUGAAAUAUUAGAAAAAUAUUUUAAUUAUUAUUUUUACUGUUAUAAGAUUUAUACCAUUAAAUUCAUUUAUCAUUCA